CGUCAACGGCUCCUGUGGGCGCGCGCUGUCUGAUCGCUGUCGGAAGGAUGUGCUGCUUAGCCGUCAGUCCUCGGUUCCCAGUCCUCACCAGGUUGUGAGGGUGGCUGACCGGGCAAGGAUCCUUUUGCGCCUUGGUCCGUUUCUCCGUAGUCACAGGGAAUAACUCUCUCGAAACCGACUGGCCUGCUCCCGGAUAGGCGACAAGACAGUCUUUAAGACUUCAUCUUCCUUGCAGUAGACACCGAGCCUAGCAUCUGCAGCUUGCGCGGUUGGCAGUUUUGCCAGAAAAAUGGCGACUGGACAAGACCGAGUAGUUGCUCUGGUGGACAUGGACUGUUUUUUUGUUCAAGUGGAACAGCGGCAAAAUCCUCAUUUGAGGAAUAAACCUUGUGCAGUUGUACAGUACAAAACAUGGAAGGGUGGUGGAAUAAUUUCAGUGAGUUAUGAAGCUCGUGCAUUUGGAGUCGCUAGAAGCAUGUGGGCAGAUGAUGCUAAGAAGUUAUGUCCAGAUCUUCUUCUGGCACAAGUUCGUGAGUCUCGUGGGAAAGCUAACCUUACCAAGUACCGGGAAGCCAGUGUUGAAGUGAUGGGGAUAAUGUCUCAAUUUGCUGUGAUUGAACGUGCCAGCAUUGAUGAAGCUUAUGUAGAUCUCACCAGUGCGGUACAAAAGAGACUACAAAAACUACAAGGUCAGCCUAUCUCAGCAGACUUGUUGCCAAGCACUUACAUUGAAGGGUUUCCCCAAGGCCCUACAACAGCAGCAGCGACUGUUCAGAAAGAGGAGAUACGAAAGCAAGGCUUAUUUCAAUGGCUUGAUUCUCUUCGGAUUGAUAACACCACCUCUCCAGACCUGUGGCUCACCGUGGGAGCAGUGAUUGUGGAGGAAAUGAGAGCAGCCGUAGAGAGGCAGACUGGUUUUCAGUGUUCAGCUGGAAUUUCACAUAAUAAGGUCCUGGCAAAAUUGGCCUGUGGACUAAACAAGCCCAACCGCCAGACACUGGUCUCACAAGGGUCGGUCCCACAGCUCUUCAGCCAAAUGCCUAUUAGCAAAAUCCGCAGUCUUGGAGGAAAGCUAGGGGCCUCUGUCAUUGAAACCCUGGGGGUAGAAUACAUGGGUGAACUAACUCAGUUCACUGAAUCCCAGCUUCAGAGUCAUUUUGGGGAGAAGAAUGGGUCUUGGCUAUAUGCCAUGUGCCGAGGGAUAGAACAUGAUCCAGUUAAACCCAGGCAACUACCCAAAACCAUUGGCUGUAGCAAGAACUUCCCAGGAAAAACAGCUCUGGCUACUCGGGAACAGGUACAAUGGUGGCUUUUGCAAUUAGCCCAGGAACUAGAGGAGAGACUGACAAAGGACCAAAAGGAUAAUGACAGGGUAGCCACACAGUUGGCUGUGAGCAUUCGUGUACAAGGAGAUAAACGUCUCAGCAGCCUGCGCCGCUGCUGUGCCCUUACCCGCUAUGAUGCUCACAAGAUGAGUCAUGAUGCCUUUGCUGUCAUCAGGAACUGUAAUACAUCUGGAACCCAAACUGAAUGGUCCCCUCCCCUCAUAAUGCUUUUCCUCUGUGCUACAAAAUUUUCUGCCUCUGCCCCUUCAUCUUGCACAGACAUCACUGUCUUCUUAAGCAGUGACCAAGGUUCUCUGCCAAAGGUGCCAGUUACCAGUUCAGAAGCUAAGACCCUGGAAAGUGGUCCAGCAGUAAUAACCACUAAGAAAGCAACCACUUCUCUGGAAUCAUUCUUCCAAAAGGUUGCAGAAAAGAAAAAAGUCAAAGAAGCUUUGUUUUCAUCUCUUAUUGCCACUCCUCAGGCCCCAGAAACCAAUUCACCAUCCAAACCCUCGCUGCCUUUCCAAACCAGUCGUACUAAAGGAACAGAGCCCUUUUUUAAGCAGAAAAGUCUGGAAGCCAUAAAGCAGAAGCAGCUUAAUAAUCCUUCCAUUUCCUUCCCUCCACAAAAUCCAUUGUCCAGCCCUAAAAAAUUACCAGAACAUCUUCCAACAGAGCGUACAGAUUGUGCCCCUGCUUGUGAAGAGGUGUCGAAACCAGAAUCCUCAAAAGCGACUUCUGCAGAGAUGGAUUUGGCCCAGAGCAGCCCAAGCAGGCUUGCUUCUUUAAUCUCCAAGUCUGCUCUGGAAGUGGCUCAAAAGGCAGCUACUAUUCCAAGUCUUCUUGAUGCUGAGGACCAAGUGCCCUGUGAGAAGUGUGGCUUCCUGCUUCCAGUGUGGGAGAUGCCAGAACAUAUGGACUAUCAUUUUGCACUGGAGUUGCAGAAAUCCUUUUUGCAGCCCCAUUCCUCAACUCCCCGGGUUGUUCCUGCCAUUUCUCCUCAAGGCAAGAGAAAUCCCAAGAGUCCUUUGGCCUCCAGUAAUAAACGCCCUAAGCCUGAGGGCAUGCAGACAUUGGAAUCAUUUUUUAAGCCAUUAACACACAAGUGCUGCCCUUAGGCUUGCUGCAGGGUUUUAGUAUUUAUUUGUAACCUGGGAAAUGGAAAUAAUGUCUACUUCUCAAGGAAAUCCAUAACUUUAUCAAAUUUUUAUUAAAAAGUAGUCCAAUUAGGUGCUAGGUUAAAGCUCCCAUCUCUUCACAGGCAUGGAUUCUAAUCCCAUUGCUCAUAGAGAUGUAAAAAUCCAUCUUCCAGAGUUACAAGUGCUUUGAAUUUUAAUCUUUAGAGUUUAGGGAGGCAGUGUCAUACAAUACAUGGGCUUUGGGGCCUAAGGGACCUGGUUCCAAACCUGGCUGUGCCUCUAACUCUGAGAAUGGCCUUGAACAGGUCACUUUCCUCAUCUGUAAUCUUGAUAAUACUACUUUACAGAUUAUUGAAGAUUAGAUAUAAUGGAUUUAAAGUUAUUGAACUUAAAAUUUGCACAAAGAACUGAGUUUGUUAAAACAAACAAACAAAAAACUUAACACCUUGACUAAAAUUCCAUAUUUUCAGUUGGAGAAUGUGAAGACUUGAAACCCUGAAGUGAUACAGUAACUAGUUUAGGGCAGAGCUCUGUACACAAAAGCUACCCAAAUACUGAAUUUUACACAAGUAAACCCUAGUAUAACCUGUCUUAGCCAUUGGCUCUUCUACCUCUGGCUCUUUGUCCUAAUGUAGAAUGAGACUGCUCCUAGACCAGUUCAGGAAAUGUAGAUUGGAUAAGCCAAGAUCAAAACUAAAUCUUCUCUAGAACCUUGCUGCUACUCCAAGUGUGAUUUGAGGAAUAGCGUUAGCAUCACCAGGGACCUUGUUAGAAAUAGUCUCAGUCUCACCCCCACCCCUACUGAAUCAGAAUAGGCAUAUUAACAAGAUUCUCUUGGCAAUUAGUAUAUGUCUUAAAGUUUGAGAAGUACUGAUCUAGAAAAUACCAAAAGCCAAGGCUGUAGAAGGCAAUGACAUUUCCUUAAACCUUAAAGUACAAAUUUAAGAGCUAAGUACUUGGGCCUUUUAAUCUGUUUCCCACUGAAGUAUGAACUUAGGGUUUUUAUUAUUAUGUUAUUUAAAAUUCAUGAUUGUAACUUUUUGUACUUGGCCCAAUAUAUAUAGUACUGCAUUCAGUUCUUCUGACUUUUCUGACAUGACAUCUUACAGAAACCUUGAAUUAUGCAGGGAACCAAAUUGAAGAUGAAUUGAGUUGGGAGAUGGGAGGAAGAAUAAUGUAUAUAUCCCCCUUCCCACCCCCACUUUUAUUUGUAAAUUAGGAGGUCUGUGUUACUUUCAAGAGGGGGGGAAAUGGCACUGGGUUUAGUACGAAAUGAUUUCUUCAAACAUUUUCCAGCAUUGUGGCACUUUUAAAUAUCUAAUAAGACAGUAUUCGCUGUGUGCAUGGCCUUUUCCUUAUGGGAUUUGUAGUUUCUUGAAAGCAGAAAUUCAUGGUGUCUUGCACAUAACAGAUGUCUGAUAUUCAUUGGCUGAAUGCAUGUAGUGAAAAAUUUUAGAUCUGAUUACCAUAACUGAAACAAUAAAAAUAUACAUAAUCUUUGGUGGCCUGUCUUAUAUACCUUUUUAUCCUCCUAAAUGUUUUAUAAAUGUAGAAAAGUGGCUCACUAGUUCUCAGAGAUGACUUAUUAAGUACUGAGAUGUUGAUUGUCUAAAGUUUCUUUUUUCUUGACCCCAGGAAAAGAUAAGUCAUUUAAAACAAAACAAGACAAACCAUGGAUUAAAGCAUUCAUUUAUCUUGGCUGCUGUGUUCAGAUCAAAUUGACAAGCUUCUCCACCUCUUUCUACUCAUGUGCCUAGAAUGAAGGGGUCAUGUAGAAAAGCAAUGUAGUAGAAACCUAGGUUGGACUUGGUAGUGUGUAAGGGGAGGGGAUGAGAUGUUGGCUGGUGGGUGACCAAAAAAGAUGGCAGCAUGCCUUGUUUUUCUGGGGAUGCCAACCUGCCUGCCCCAAUGGACUGGCAAUGAUCCAGUCUAGAGGGGACAGCAAACAGCUGUGCAAAGGUCAGUAUUGGGUUAAAGCUAUAGUACCUUUUCUGAAUGUAACCUUUCCUUCCUCACAGCUAUUUAGCAGCAACAGUACAGAAGGAAGUAAACAGCUCUUAGCUUCCAACACAAGAGGAAGUUCUUCAGCCACAGCCUACUAAACUGGUGGCAAGUUAAACUCAUAUUUGAAAAAGCAGCUGAACCAAAGUGGGAGGGAAGCUACCACUUAAUACCCCGGAGGCAGAAUGCCUCAUGAGACCUUGGGCCCCAUUUAUUUAUCAUUAAAUUUCUUUUGCCAAAUCCAGUGCUCAGAAUGCACUUUCCAACCCCCUUUUUCCUUUUCGCAAUUGACCUUGGGCCCUAUAAUAUGUGAUAAUCAGAAACAGGAAAAGGGACUAAGAUUUGACCAAGUGUCCCAAGGAGCCCAAGAACCCAGUUUAGGGUGUAUAAACCUCACUUCUCACUGCUUUGCACUGCAAAAGUGUGAAGCAACAGAUCUGUCUCUAAAUUCUAUUUUUCAUUAAGCAAGUGGCACUCUAGUAUCAAAAUUUCCAUGGUAUUGUGACCAGUAGCAAGUGGCCAAUUCCAUGAAUUAGUUACCUAUUUCAGCUGAAAAGGUGUAAGCUUCACUUUCUACUCUUCUUGCUCAAAUUACUCUGCAAAACAGACCAGCAUACUUGGUUAGGAUAAUGGAACAUUGAUCCGUUGUUGGGGAGAGGGAAAGAAGAAUGGUGGAUGAGACAGCUGAAGGAUUCUAGAUUCUUUCCCCAUUCAGGGGUCAGCAGUUGUUUUGUUUUUAUCUCAUCUUGAAGAGGAAUAUCUCUCUGCAGGCUGAGCUUGUUUUAAGCAUAAGCACAGUAUGUCCAAUAAAACAUUUUUAUUCUGUACAA